AAACUGCUAUUCAGACGUCCAUCAUUGGUCAUCCUCAAGUGUACCAAAAUUUCGGCACCUUGUCGCAUGGGAAGGAAUCAGUCUUCCAGAUUCCGCAUUGGCGUUCUCGACCAGCCCCUUGGCACUUCAUGACGCUCUCCUCGCCGACGCUCCGGACGCGCAGCCGCAGUGGCAGUGACCACGCGAGCUACUUGGCCAAACCUCGUCGCGCGCGCGGCAGUAUGGACUCGACAGCAUCGUCCGCCAGCGGCGGUGGCAGCGCCAGCAGCUCCGUUUUGCGCGUGUCCAAAGAAGUGGAGAACAUCGGCGCGCGUGUGCCCAUGUCCAAGAAGCGCGUGACUUGGCGCUUCGUCCUCGCCGGCUCGGAACAGGUUCACACAGUGAUGCUGGAGCACAGCCGCAUCUCGGCCAAGAAGCGACUGAAACUUGACGGCCGCCGCCUCUACAGCUGUGACCACUACGCGACCAACUGGCACUACGACUUCCACGUGGGCCAGGACACUCUCACACCCUUCCGCGUUGUUAUCAGAGACGUCAAGUCGUCCGUAGUGGACCAAGGGAAGCUCGAGACGGUCUACGAUCUCCUAGCCGAAGGUGUCCACUGGGACCUGCUGGCGGAAAGAUUUCUGCCAAUCGCUCAUCGCCACCAUACAGGGUCCGUUUGGAGCAGUGACAUGUAUGUGCGUCGCGUGGAGGACACUCGUGGACAACUGUUAAGUGACGGAGAUGAACGUCCACCUGGGACGCUACUAACCUGGACAUUUGCCUUUGGAGUGAACGGCAGUAUCCACAAAUUCGAGCUCCGAGAUCUGGAAAAAGGCGAGUUUGUGGUGGUUCUGGACUGCCGCGAACUUAAGCGAGUGAGCUUUGACGACAUCCAUGAGGACAUGUGGGAGUUCGAGUACGAUCUGGAAGAUCAACAUGAGCUGGACCUUGUGGUGACGCUGGUGGACGAAGAGAAGACGUACGAUUUCUUCAUAGACGGUAGCGCGUGGAGCGACAUUAGCCAGACCAACUUUGUGCUCGAGUCGGGGUGGUAUCCCGUGUACUCGCGCUCUCGCAGUGCCGUCUACUUCCGUCAUGAACAGACUGGGAACACUCAAUGGGAGAAGCCGAUAGUUGACCGCGAGGAUUCACGAGUGAACCGUCCGAUUCAGGAGUUUGAACAGGUUUCUCCAGGUUCUCAGGGUCUGGACGACCUGAUCCAUAGCAUGCACGCUGCGUCGGUCAAGGAAACGAUCCAGGAGGAGCCUGAAAGCGAACAUGAAGAAGCGCCUCAGCUGGUGCCAAUGAAACAGCCACUGCAGCCAGUACAGGAAGUCCCCGAAGCGCUGGAAAGACAGGAAGUGCAGGAAGCCAACCUCAUUGACUUCUCCGAUAUGGGUGCAGUACACUCUUCGCCUCAGAAGCCGAUGCAUGGGUACGAAGGGUUUGAUCCGUUCAACCCUGCUACUCACACCGGAUUCGUCCAAAAGGAGCAGAAUUCCAAGCACACACAAGCACCAGUGGAUCUACUGAGCCUUUAGAGGGCGUAAGGCUUUCAAGCGAGUGCGUUAUUUAUGUGUAGGGAAAGUUGGUAGUUUGCAUUCAUAGUGAGGCAGACAGAAAGAGUCUGUAGGUUUUCCUAGUAGCUCAGUGGGUAGCUAAUUAAGAAGUUUCUUGAUCAAGUCGUUGAGUGGCUCUUGUUCGCGUUUGUCCACGAGGUCGAACUGCGUCACGAAGGCC